GUGCACCGGAGCGGAAGAGGCGGAGCAGAGGGCUGUGAGGCGGAGUUCAUUCCAAAAUGAGGGAAAAUAAGAACAUGUCCGAGUCCCCGUCUCAAGCGGGAAAAGAAAUACCGGCGAAAAAACAAAAGCUGAGUAGUGACGAGAACAGCAAUCCCGAUUUAUCAGGAGACGAGAACGACGAUGCCGUCAGCGUUGAGAGUGGCACCAAUGCAGAGCGCCCAGACACGCCCACCAACACCGCCAACGCGCCUGGCAGAAAGAGCUGGGGCAAGGGCAAAUGGAAGUCCAAGAAGUGCAGAUACUCUUUUAAAUGCGUCAACAGUUUGAGGGAGGACCACGGCCAGCCGCUGUUUGGAGUCCAGUUUAACUGGCAUAGCAAGGAGGGAGAUCCACUGGUGUUUGCUACAGUUGGGAGUAACAGGGUAACUCUGUAUGAAUGCCACUCUCAGGGAGAAAUCAGACUCUUGCAGUCCUACGUUGAUGCAGACGCAGAUGAGAACUUCUACACGUGCGCCUGGACCUACGACACCAACACAAGUCACCCCCUGCUGGCUGUGGCCGGGUCCCGCGGCAUCAUCCGAGUGAUCAACCACAUCACAAUGCAGUGCAUCAAGCAUUAUGUAGGUCACGGAAACGCCAUCAAUGAGCUCAAGUUUCACCCGAGGGAUCCCAAUCUGCUCCUGUCUGUCAGCAAAGGUAAACAGUGA